CUUGCGCCUGAUGCUGCAGCGCCCUCCCGCGGGCUCCGUGGGUCAUACAAGACGCCCGCACGCGCAAGCAGUCUGGGCUCGGGACGCACUCUUCCGCAGUUAACUCAGCUCCAUAAGCUUUCUAAUACUACAGCUCCGCGGUCCAUGUCCAGGCCGGCCUAGGAAGCGCCUUGCUUGCGGGCCGUAACGCGGUCGCCGCGGAGGAGCAGCGCCCAUACACCUGUUAUGUUGAACCCCUGCUGUAUUUCUAUUGUCAACUGCGCAGGAUGGUCCGUGGGCCAGGGCUUUGGCGCCAACUUGACUGCCCCAGCGCCGCUGCCUGCCUACCCCUGCUUCUGUGCUGUUAGCCAUAAUGAAGUGGUGGAUGUGUUUAUCCCAGCUGCACAGAAUCUGAAAGGCAGGGCCAGUCCAGCACAGGGGCAAAGAAACUUGCGCUACCAGCAACCGCAGCUAGCUCACAUAAGCAGGUUUGGAAAGCUACCAGUCUGUGUAGCAAGAACAUAGCAGCUAUGGGCUGUAGCUUUGCGGAAUGGGGAACCGGCCUUUUCCCAUUGCCAAGGGUUGGCAAGUUGCAGUCCCUCUCUAAACCCAGGCUACUAAAACAAUUUGGUACUGGCGCAAAGACUUACACGCACAUCACGUACCAUCAGAUUCCUACAGCCUGUUUGUUACAAACCAGCGCGCUUGCACAGUUCCCCUCCGGGCACACUCUCUUUCUGUGUACUAGUUGCCUCAAAGGCUAAUUCAGUAUGGCAGUAGCAAUGGAGCGUCACGACACUUGUAAUGUGUCGCAGCCCGGGGCGCAGAGCGGGCCUUUCGCCACCUGCUCUCCUGAGUCGCUACUGGCGACUCGCCCCGCCAGCCCUGAUGGCUUCACCAUCGUCACGCUGGGCCAGCCUGAUGUGGAAACCUACAAGGCGGCCGCCAAGCGCUUUGAGGACGAGGUUGCGGACAUCAUUGCUGUGUCAUCGCGGGAACACCCCGGCCUGAUACCGACCGCACCCAGGGGAACGGGCAAGGCCUCCCGUUUCGGAAUCAGCCUGAUCCCCAUCGACGAUGGCAGUCCGGCUGCGGCGGCACUCUCCUCGCCGCGGCGCAUGCGGCGGCUUGAGGAGCUGAGUGGUGGUGUCGGAAGCCCUGAGCGCCCCUGCUCGGGCAGCGCACACUCACCAAGGCCCGGGUUUGUGUCGCGCCUCGCCUUGAGCCCCGCCGCCGUCAUGCCCGCUGUUGGAGAGGUGGCGGAGGAGGAGGCGGAGGAGGAGGUGGCGGAGGAGGAGGUCGAGGAGGAGGACGAGGAGGUGGAGGAGGAGGAGGUGCUGGAGGACAGGGCGCGGUCGCAGCAGCCGUGGACGGGGCCGUGUGUGCCCCUCUACGCGCGCUACCACACGAGUGUGCCGCCGCCCAUGCCUAGCGCACGACUGCUCAUCGCCGCUUCCAGCCGCCGCGAUAAGCCGGCCGUGGAGGCGCAGCAGCAGGAGCAGCAGCAGGAGCAGGAGCAGGAGCAGGAGCAGGAGCAGGAGCAGGCGGAGGAGCAGGAGCAGGCGGAGGACGAGGCGCAAGACGAGGUGGAGGAUGUGGAGGCACAGCCGCAGCCGCAGCUGCCGUGGGCGGGGCCGUGUGUGCCCAUGUACGCGCGCUACCACACCAGCCCGCCGCCGCCGCAGCCCACAGCCCUGCUGGCGCUGCUGCGCGCUCGGCGUGUGCAGCGGUUCACGCAGUUGCUCCGCCAGUGGGGGCUGGUGGUGGUGGCAUAAGAGAUGAGAAGAGAUGGAGCGAGAGGUUGUGGACAGAUCGAUUGUACGGGGGCUGAGGCUGAGGCUGAGGCUGGUGGGGGCUGUGGAGGGCGGAAGUGGACAAGGAGAUGGGGUGCGUAUGUCGUGACGAUACUGGAGACGCUUGCGAAAACGUUUGCAACUUGCUUUGCUCGUGAUCAAGGAAAUGGAGAGUGGUACGGAACUGCAUUAAACGUGAUUGACGGCAUGGACGUGACCAGGUACGGUGCGAUAGUACGUUAUGUAUGUGUGAAGCGGGCUCGAAGUGUACAACAUGACCAGGGUAUCGGUGAUCCAAGAGCAAAUGGCGAUGCGAGGUGUAUGUGAUGCGUGAAAGAGACUGGGGACCUGAGCCCAGGGGCAGGUUGGACUGGCUCAGUGCGAACGAGCAUGCGAAUGAAUGCCAAUAA